GUUUUCUCCCAAAACUUUAUUUUGGCCGAGUACAAGAGGAAACAUCUGUGAGCCAGUAAAGUGAGAUAUUUAUGGAAGAAGCAUGAAAGGUGGUCACGAACAGGGAAGGUACGAAGAUAUAACACUGACCAAGGCUAAUAAAUCAUGGAAGGUGUCUAGGUUGAAGGAAAUCAACAAGAGAUCCAACAGUGGAAGGUUAGGAAAAAUGGCUUUCUUUCAUUACUUGGAAAGAGUGGAAACUAUGAGGAAUUUCUGGGAAGAAAAAACCAGUGAACCAGAUGGCAACACUGAGGACGAUGAGGUGAAGGAUCACAGAGCCAAUGAGGUGAAAGGAAAACAAAAUGUAAAUGUUAAAGAAAUAAGGUCACCUCAGAAAAACAAAUCUCCAGAAUCCACAGGGCAAAUUCAGAAGAACCUCCAUACUUUUGCUGAUACAAAGGUCCAGAAUUUAAACAAAGAAAAUGCGAACAGCUCAAGUGCCUUUGAAGCUCAGCAUGAGGUCAAAGAUCUACCAGAGCAGAACAAUGUAACUAAAUUAAAAGGAAGCACAUCUAAGGAAGAUGUUGAAGAGUUUGAACUCCAGUCUUGUAGGGUGGCAGAGGGCACUCCCUCAGCCAUUACCCCAGAGUUUCCUGAUGACACUUUGGACAUUUAUGCUAGUAGUGAAAAGAAAGAUGAAGAUGCUGCUUCAGAAGAACAAUGUGAAAUAAAGGUUGUAGAAACCUCUAACACUGUAAUAAACCAGUCAAGUACCGACAAGCAAAAUGAUGAACGGACAGAAAGGAACAAUGAUUUGCAUGAAAAGAUACAAAAUAUCAAAACCCAGGGAAAAAUGCAAGCAGAAAAGGAUGACAAUGAAUAUAUUGUCAAAGAGUUAAUAAAAGAAGCAGUACCCACAGGAGGAGAGGACUAUCUAAUAGCAAAAGAGAAUGAGAAAACAGGAAAAACACACUUAAAAGUUGAGGAAAGAAAUGAUGCAGUAAAGGACACUGGAUUUGAAAGCACAGACUCAGAUCUGACAAUCAUUGAGGAAUCCAAGGAAAAAAUUACAGUAUCUCACGUGGAAGAAUCUGAUAUGGAUCAGCAAUCAGUUUUACUUCACAGAUGUGGAGAGAGUGAAAGAGAAACCAGUGCUUUGUUACCAGCAGCAGCAGCACCAGCAGAACCUGAAGAAGGAACAUCUGAAACUCCUGAGCAACAGGAAGCCAAGGAUCUGAGCACUUCCAGUAAAAGGGGAACCGAGGAAGACCUGACGAAAGAUGACAGCAAGAAGAGCAGAGUGGAGGAAAAAGACUGCAGUCAGGAAUGUGCAUCGGAACCUGCCCUAGGUCAAGACACAGCAACAUCCACUGCCAAAAAGCAAGAAGAUAAUCAGGUGGUACAGGAAACUGAAGAGAAGGGCCAUACCGUGAUUGAUGAUGGACCUGCUCCACCUGCUCCAUUUGAACAUCGGAUUGUCUCAACAAAUGUAGCGCAGAUCAGUAAUUACUAUACAAUACAGAAAUCUGAAGUCCUUGGAGGAGGACGAUUUGGACAAGUACACAAAUGUAUUGAAAAGUCGACAGGCCUUACCUUAGCAGCCAAAAUUAUUAAAACCAGAGCAGCUAAGCAGAAGGAGGAAGUUAAGAAUGAGAUCCAAGUCAUGAAUCAACUGAAUCACACAAAUCUCAUCCAGCUGUAUGAUGCUUUUGAAACAAAGAAUGAUAUCAUUCUGAUCAUGGAAUAUAUUGAAGGUGGCGAACUAUUUGACAGGAUCAUAGAUGAAAACUACAAUUUAACAGAAAUGGACACAAUCUUAUUUGUAAGGCAGAUUUGUGAAGGACUUCAAUAUAUGCAUCAGAUGUACAUCCUUCAUCUGGACCUGAAGCCUGAGAACAUUUUGUGCGUUAACAGGGAAGCCAAUCAAGUAAAGAUAAUCGACUUUGGCUUGGCAAGAAGAUACAAACCGAGAGAAAAACUAAAGAUAAAUUUUGGAACUCCAGAAUUUCUUGCACCUGAAGUUGUGAAUUAUGACUUUGUAUCAUUUCCUACGGAUAUGUGGAGUCUUGGAGUAAUUGCCUACAUGUUGCUUAGUGGACUUUCUCCAUUCCUCGGCGAAGAUGACAAUGAAACCCUAAAUAACAUUCUUGCCUGUAAGUGGGACUUGGAUGAUGCAGAAUUUGAAAAUGUCUCUGAAGAUGCCAAAGAAUUCAUAUCAAAACUCCUCAUCAAAGAAAAGAGUGCAAGAAUAAGUGCUGCCCAGUGUCUCAAACAACCCUGGCUAAAUAACAUUGCAGAGAAAGCUAAACAAUGUAAGGUUCGUCUCAAGUCCCAGAUCCUUCUUCAGAAAUACAUGGUGCGACGGCUGUGGAAGAAGAACUAUUAUGCAGUAACUGCUGCAAAUCGAUUGAAGAAACUCAGUGAUUCUGGGACUUUGGGUCCUGCUGAAGUAUGAGCUGACACUGACUGGACCUACUGCACCUUCCCUUUUCAGUCAGGACAUCACCCAUUGGAUAUGCCUUAACCUUGUUAAACCACCUUUACUCAUUCUUCCAGUAGAACAUGAUAUGGUUUAGGUUUAG